GUGGAGGAGACUCUGGACCUGGCAAAACUGAACAGUUGGUUGGAUCAGAUGAAGGAAACAACUGUCUCUGUUGAGGUCCCUCGCUUUAAGGUGGAGCACAGCUUCAGCUUGAAGGAGAAGCUUAAGGAAAUGGGAUUGACUGACCUGUUCAGCUCUGACAAGGCCAGCCUGCCAGGGAUGCUGGAGGAUAGCAACUUUGGCCUCUACAUCUCAGAUGCCUUCCAUAAAGCUUUCCUGGAGGUGAAUGAGGAGGGCAGUGAGGCGGCAGCAGCCACCGCUGUGGUGGCCGUUGGACGCUCCUUCAAUCCGUACAGGGAGGUUUUUACAGCCGACCGGCCGUUUCUGCUGCUCAUCAGAGAGUCCAUCAUCAACACACUGCUAUUCACCGGCCGUGUGGCUGAUCCCUGCAACCAAUAAAACCCUACACAUGAAGCGAUCACUGCUUUGUUAAAAGCCGCAAAUCGUAAAAAUAUAGUAAUAAAUAUUUCAAAAUGUAAAUAUACUGCAUAACAAUUCGGCACUGUGCUGUAUGAUGUGGAGCUAAUGCAAAC